AUGUCAGUAUUUCCAGCACAUUCCGUAGUUCCCACACUUCUCCCCUCAGCCUUUUCCUUAACCUCGCGUACAGCUCCCACCAUGGCAUCUGCUGUUUGCGCCUUGUGCCCGGCACCCGCGACCGUCCACUGCCCCGCGGACAGCGCCAAUCUCUGCGCGUCGUGCGAUCUCGCAGUGCACAGCGCCAACACCAUCGUGCACAGACACGUGCGCACCGUCCUCUGCCGCUGCUGCGCCGCGCCCACGACCGUGCAGAUCUGCGGCCUGCCCGCCACCGCCGCCACUCCCCUUUGCAUCUGCGCCUCCUGCAUGAUGCCUCUGCUCUGGCCCUCCGCGGAAUUCCCUGCAACUAACGCGGGUAACCUGGUUACCAACUCGCAGACGUCUGGGCCGUGCCCGCAGAGCUUAGCGGCAGCUACUGGUAGCCUUCUGCCGGAAGGACUUACGUCCGGGUCGGAGCGGCUUCUGCAGGGGUUCUUAAAUGCUAGCUCGACUUUCUCCCUCGGGAACUCCGCUGCUGCGCCGCCUAUCAUGACCCAUCUCCCGCGCCCGGCGGGGUUCGUGACGGGUGUCCGGGGUGGGCUUGUCCAGGCGGCGACUGCGACGCAGCUUGACGAUAACUCUCCAAUCAGCGUCCUCACAACGGAGUCUGACGCUUUCCGUUCGACGGAUUUCGUCAACCAACAACCGCGAAAGAAGAUGCCCCAGGAAGGGCUGUUUCACAGAGUACCGUCUCAAGACAUGUUUCCUGGGUCGUUCCGACCAGAGGGGUUAAUUCGACAGGAGGAAGCCGAGUCGUAUCGAGCGUGCGAGCAGCAGCAGCAGCAGCAGCAGCAGCAGCAGCAACGUGAACACAGCCCGCUCACCCUGUCUCUCUUCCCACUCUCCGCCGACGAAGGGGCUUCCGCCGCGGGUAUGGCGCGCAGAAUUCACACUGAUGUGACGGACGAUAGCCGCGUGUCGUGCUGCGCUGUCCCGCCGCUGAUUCCGGUCGACGAGCCGCAGAGCAAGCGGCAGCGGGUGCAGGCAGGGAGUGGCGUCGGCGCGUCGCGAGCAGCGUCGGCGUUUGUCCCCUUUGUAAGCGAGACUUGCACCCAGGUGAAGCAAUUUGAUGGUGCAGCGACAAUGGUUGGGACCGGUCUGGGGAAGAGGCCAUAUGAAGCGUGCGAGAAGCUGCAAUUUUCGUCAACGGCGGAGGCGACAGGGGCAGCAGCACCAGGAGCGGAGCCUGCGCGGGGAAAGCUGGGAAAGACUGCUUCCGCGCGGCUGCGCCACGUGCUGCUGACGUGGCAGUCACGCCUCGGCCUUCAGGUACCCACGGUUCGCGCAUUGGCAUUCCACAUGCUACAGCGGGUGCUGCUGCGGCUACAGCCGACGGAUAUGGCGGCGGAGUCGCUGCGCGUGCUGCUGGCCGCGUGUCUGUGGGUCGCGGCUAAGAACGAGGAGAACCAGAAGAGUGUACCGAAAGCGAAGGCGGUUGCUGCUGUAGCGAAGGUGCCUGUAUCGCGUCUGGCUGCGUGUGAGAUUGAGGUGCUGAAGAUGCUGGACUGGCAGCCGCAAAAGGGUGCUUUCCCUGCUUUGUCCCCCAAUAGCUGCCCCGCGGCCCCUUUUCGGUCGCUCACACUCUGCACGAUGUCCUCUCCAUCUUUCCCUUUGUGUCCCCCUUUGUACCUCCCGUCGCUCACAUGCCUUGACCUCUCGCGCAACCUUCUAGUCAAUGACGCCACUGCCACUGCUGUCAUCCCCUGGAUCCACUCUCUCCGGCAUCUGGAUCUGAGCCACACUGCAGUCACCAGCUCGUUUCUUGAUUCGCUCACCUACGGUGCACGGCUGAAGGGUUGGCGGAACAACGCUCAGGAAGCUUCCAAGAAGGCGGACGCGCGGAAGGCAGCCAAGCGCCCAUGGUGGGAGGCGGCCACACACACAAUGCCAGCCGCUGACCCCAGCCCACUUGCCGCACACGUAAAGCGAUUUCGCCUGAACCAGGAGCAGCAGCAGCAGCAGCAGCAGCAGCAGCAGCAGCCGUUACCAGAGCAACAGCCGCAGGCAGUAUGCGAGCAGCAGGAGGUUGAGGGUCAAGAGCAGCCAGAGUGGCGUGACUGCUGUCUGGUCUACCUGCGGCUGCAAGGGACGCUUGUGGAUAGGGCUGGAGCCACACACCUGCUAGGCCUGAGUGCUACAGUGCCUCUGGGCGGCAUGUUCUGUCUGGACGUGAGAGAUACACCGGUGAAAGGCGAUGUGCUGAGCAAGCUGAGAU